AUGUUGCCAAAGCCUGCUAGCUCUAAACGUCUGGAAAAGAAGGCUGUUGGCAAUUCGACUGAUCGCAGGGGCUCCUCUCUGCCAUCCAAUCCGUACACGCAGGCGUUAUCCUUGAUUCGAGCGGGAGAGUGGAGCAAGCUGACCAGUGAGCUCUGCAAGGCCUAUCUGCGCUACUACGGCCUGCGGCUGAGCGACUCGAAGGCGAAUUUGAUCAGUCGCAUUCAGAGACAUUACGAACUCAAGGACGUCCAAUCAGCCAAGCGCCAGUACCCACGUGCAUCCUUCAUCAUCAAUUGUACAGGCACGAGAGGAAUGCAAUGCAUGGAGGGUAUCGGUCGGUGGCAGGGAGAGUGGUCAGUGAAAGCUACGGUGUGA